AUGGCGAUCGAGGCUGCCACCCUAAUUCUAGUUCACUACGGCGCAGUCGAGAGCCUGCGCGAGUGGCUCGAGGCACGUGGCUGUGCCAACCUGGGGCGCAACGCGAGCGGCUCCCCGAUCUCCGUGCUCCGCGGCUGGGUCGGCGGCUUCCCGGGCGCCAGGGGCGGCCAGCAGCCCGCGUGCAUCCCGACGGGCGACGCCGCGGCGGGGCUGGCGUUCAAGGUGCGGGAGGGUGUCUCACCGCUGCUCGUGUACGCGGCCAACUCUGCUGACUCGGCCCCGGACGCGCGGUUCGGAAAGGAGGCGGGAAGCAAGCGCGGCCAGCGGGGCGGCUCUACGCCGGGCCAGUGCAAGAUGGGCGCCGCCUGCUUCUUUUACCACGGCGAGGACGACGUCUCCACCCCCGAGCGCCCCAUCCCCGUGCCGAAGUGGCUCGCCGACCAAGCAAAGCAAGAGGGCAUCGACGUCAUCGAAGACGGGGACCGUCUUCCCACCCUGAGGCUGGUGAAUUAG